GUCAAGUCCACAGGGCAGGAUGUGUUCAAUCAGGUGUCUGAGCUCCUUGGAAUCAAAGAGCUGCACUUCUUUGGCCUGACAGUGGUGAAGGACAAUGAGCACAUCUUUCUGGACAUGGAAGAUAAGCUGACCAAGUAUUUCCCUAAGGAAUGGAAGCAAGAUUCAGGGAAGGGGUUACAGAAGAGAUCCCUCCCCCUGGUACUCUGCCUCAAGGUGCAGUACUAUGUGGAGAACGGCAGGCUCAUCUGUGAGCGGAAGGCGAGGCGUCUGUACUUCUCUGACCUGAGGGAGAGGGUGUUGCGUUCUGAGUGUCGUCAGCAGGAGGAGGUGUACUUCCAGCUGGCUGGGUAUGCUCUUCAAGCUGACCUGGAGGACCAUCCCCUGCCUGGGAAGAACCAGGGAGGCACCCGCUACUUCCAACCCAAAGAGUACUUCCCUCCCUGGAUUGUGGCGAAGCGUGGGGUGGACUACCUGCUCUGUCACGGUCCCAAGGUACACAAGGAGCUAUGGGGCAUGACACCACGUGAUGCGGUACUCCACUUCAUCAAAGAGGCCUGUCGUCUCGAGGACGUCCCCGUCACCUUCUACAGGCUACAGAAGGACAAGAAAGAAGAGAGAGGCACAGCUCUGCUGGGGCUGACCCUCAGAGGAAUGCAGCUUUAUCAGGAGGCAGACAACAUCCGCCAGCUUCUCUAUGAUUUCCCCUGGUCCAACGUGGGACGACUCACCUUCCUGGGAAAGAAAUUUGAGAUCCAGCCAGAUGGUCUGCCGUCGGCCAGGAAGCUGGUCUACUACACUGGGUCUCCGUUUCGCUCGCGCCACCUCCUCCUGCACCUCAGCAACAGCCACCGACUCUACCUCAGUCUCCAGCCUGCCCUCAAACACCUCCGACAGCUGGAGGACAGCGAGGAGAAGAAGCGCUACAGGGAGUCGUACAUCAGUGAUGACCUGGAUCUAGACCAUCCAGGGGGCAGCGAGGGGGGCAGCCCCGGCCUGUCCCGACACUCUACCUCCAGCUCGGGCAUCGAGGCAGACCGCGAUGCAACACGGCAACACAGCAGCAUCUCCAUGGAGAUGGCGUCCAUGGAGGAGGAGACUGAGCUGAGGAAGAGGAUGGAGAAGUGUUUCAGUUCGGCAGCGAGUCACGGGAGUUCUCACACUUCGGGCAUGGACACGGGCAGCAAAGCACGCACUGAUGAAGAGAAGUGGCAGGAGGAAGAGACCCAGCAGGCCAGUGUGGACAGUCCAGGAGAGGUUUCUGUGGACGACCCAGAGGAAAUGCUGAGAUUGGCUGAGCUGAUGGAGGGCGUGUCGGUUGAUUGUCCCGUGCUCACCUCGGAGACUCACUGUGAAGCUGACUACAGUGAUGUCCUUUUACCAGGAUUCAAGGGGGAUCAGGUAGACAGAGAUGAAGACCUGGUGACACUACGCAGCAAAGAUACCCUGGGACAGAUCCUGAAGACUCGAUCCCAUUGCGUGGACCGCCACAGCCAGAGCCUGGACGACGUUCGCCUCUUCCCCCCCCCCGCCCCCCUCGGCACGACUCUACCCCCUGACUCCUCCCACAGCUACACCUUUGGCCUGCCCCUCCCGGACUCCCAGAGUGACGCUAAGAGCCCCCCAGGGUGUAACAACGGAGGCUACUACCUCCCCCUCCACUGCCCGGCUAAGGGCACCUUCUAUGGACACAGGUCUAUGAACUGCUUGUCUCUGGAUCUACUGGGAGACGAACAGCUGUUGGAGUUCAUACUGUAGAACAACAGAGGACCAAUGUCCUUCUUCAAGCCUAUUCUCUACCCACAUCCCCCUCCAAUGAAACAGUAGGAUACAGGGGAGUGGCUGCAUGCAGCUCGAGUUCUAACUGUAGAACGUAACGUUUUCACACUCCCGGGCCCAACUGUACUGGCCUGGUCACAUCAAGGACCAUGGAGGGCCCUCUUCAUGCCUGUGCUCUACUGUAUGACUCAGAUACAGGGGAGAGGCUGCAUGCAGCUAGAGUUCUAACUGUAGAGCGUAACGUUUUCACACUCCCGGGCCCAACUGUACUGGCCUGGUCACAUCAAGGACCAUGGAGGGCCCUCUUCAUGCCUGUGCUCUACUGUAUGACUCAGAUACAGGGGAGAGGCUGCAUGCAGCUAGAGUUCUAACUGUAGAGCGUAACGUUUUCACACUCCCGGGCCCAACUGUACUGGCCUGGUCACAUCAAGGACCAUGGAGGGCCCUCUUCAUGCCUGUGCUCUACUGUAUGACUCAGAUACAGGGGAGAGGCUGCACAGAGAUGUUGGAGGACUUUAUGGACCUUUUUAAGAGGAUUGAUUGCUAUUGGUAACAUUCCUUGUGAAACGGAAGGAGGCCAUCACCUUCAAUAAUCCUCCCAAUACAGACCAUACUCUGCAUAUUUAUUGAACAUGUUUGACACUAUUUUUGUUUUAUCUUUUGUACAUAAUUGUCUUAUAUUUUUUUACUUUGAGGUACUAACACAUUGUAACCAUUUCAAUAACUGUAAAUAGGGGUGAACAUUGCAUUUCCUCAGUUUGUGUGAAUCGUGGCAUAGUUGGAACCAGGAGUAUCUCUAGAAGUUCUUUAUGGUCGAUUGUGAAGAGCAAAGGGCUUUACCGCACGUUGACAUCCUGCACGUUGACAUAACCAACAGCAUUUUUAAUCUUAUGUUUUGCUUUUGUUUCCCUUGUUUGUCUAUAAAAAAAGAAUGCUCUGAAAUGAACAUCACAUAAACAAGAUUGUAUUUUGUCGUGAUAAUAUUUGAUGAUGUUACAAGUCUGCCAUAGCUGCAACAAUGUAUUGUCCUUUUUUUAAAUACAAAACUCAAAAAAUGAAAUUGUAAAAAACAGUUCAACAUGCUUGUACUGCUUGUCAAUAUUACAUUCACUCCUGUGUCAAACUACCUUUCUAUUAGAUUUCUAAAUCUUUUCUUUCUAUACUAAUGUUUUUACUUUCUCUCUAAGUAGAGCAGCACAUUAUGAACUAUUUCUGUGUCUUCAUGCAUACAAUGGAAUUAUUAUAUAAAUAAAGCAAUGACAAAGAA